AUGCAGCUUCUGGAAGACCUGCUCCAGGCGAGCCCAGUUCUCCGGGAAACUCCCCCAGAAAGUGCGGAGCCGGCCCCGAAGCGGCGGGGUCGAGGGACCGAGUGCACGGCAGCGCCCCGCCGGGGAGCCCCGAGACCCGCGGGCAUGGAGGGCGCCCCGGGCGACCCGUACCGGCGCCCCGCGCGGCGCACGCAGUGGCUGCUGAGCGCCCUGGCGCACCACUACGGACUGGACCGCGGCGUGGAGAACGAGAUCGUGGUGCUGGCCACGGGCCUGGACCAGUACCUGCAGGAGGUCUUCCACCACUUGGACAGCCGCGGCGCCGGCCGCCUGCCCCGCGCCGACUUCCGCGCGCUCUGCGCCGUGCUGGGGCUGCGCGCCGACGGGGCGGCCGCCGGGGACGCGGCCUCUGCCGCGGGGGACGCGGCUCCCGACGGCGACGCGGACGCCGACGAGGAGGCGCGCCUGGCGCUGAGCGCGGAGCCGCCCGAGCUGACCUUCCGCCAGUUCCACGCGCGCCUCUGCGGCUACUUCGGCACCCGCGCCGGGCCCCGGCUGCCCCGCGGCGCGCUCAGCGAGCACAUCGAGACGCAGAUCCGCCUGCGCCGCCCGCGCCGCCGCCGCCGCCCCGCGCCGCGCCCCGCCGGCCCCGACGGCGGCGCCGACCCCGAGGGCGCGGCGCGGCUGGAGGAGGAGAACUGCAGCCUGCGCGAGCUCGUGGAGGACCUGCGCGCCGCGCUGCAGAGCAGUGACGCGCGCUGCCUGGCGCUGCAGGUGGGGCUCUGGAAGAGCCAGGCGGGCGCGCACGAAGAGCCGGAGGCGGCGGCGCUGGAGCUGCGGCAGGCGCGGGGCGCCCUGGCCCAGGCCGAGGCCCGCGCCGGGCGGCUGCGGCAGCGCCACACCGAGGUCCGGCGACGCGCCGAGGAGGCCAGGCAGGCCGUGCUGCUGGGCCUGCGCCGGGUGCGCGAGCUCGAGGCACUGGCGCGACAGGUCCCCGAGCUGCAGCGCUGGGGGCGGCAGCUGGAGGGCGAGUUGCGGCACUACAGGUCAGAGAGCAGCCAGCACCGGACCUCGCCAACAGCCAGCCCGGGGCCGGAGGCCAAGAGCAGUGAGGCUGCAGACGGGGGUCCUGGGGCCCCCGAGUCCCCCAGCGAGCCAGCCUGGCCACCAGACAGCAGCUCCGAGAGCAGCGCCCUGGACACAGCCUGUGCCUCCCCAGGCGUGGACGAGCAGCUCUUCCGCUCUGUGGAGGGCCAGGCAGCCUCUGACGACGAGGCAACGACCGAGAAGUGGCGAGAGACGCCGAGGCCGAGGCCCCCGGCCACCGUUGGCGGGCUGCUGGCCGGCCUCUCCAGCUGCGGGAGCCGGUGCAGUGACCGGAAGCUGGUGACCUACUGCAUGGACGGAGCCGAGCCCUGCGCUGAGCAGUUGGGGAGCCCGGCCUGCGGCAGGAGGACCGUGCAGCCCCCCGGGGAGGAGGCCGAGCUGCGGCGGACGGCGGCGGAGAACGAGCAGCUGCGGCUGGAGCUGCAGACGGUGGAGGCGGAGCGCGUGCGGCUGUCGCUGCUGGAGGAGAAGCUGGUGGACGCGCUGCGCCUGCUGCGGCGGCUGCGGGAGCUGAACAUCUCCAAGAAGGCGCUGGGCAAGAUUCUGCUGACCACGCUGGAUGCUUGCGGGCCCCCCAUGGAAGAGGGCACAGCUGGGCCCGUGGCCACCCUGGACGCCCUGUGCCAAGCCUUGGCCAGCUGCGAGCUCUUCCAGGGAGAGUCGCUCGCACCAGCCCCUGCCGCGCCCGCGCUCCCCAGCCCCCUGCUCCUCUCCUGCUGAGCCUCCGCCUGGCCCUGAGCACCUGCAGUCGAGACGCCAUCCCAGCAGGCUCUGCAG